AUGUGUAGAAACCUGCCCCUCCAAAAUAGUACGUUAGGCGCUCUGUGGUCAGUCGACUUGUCUCCACACUUGAAGGUUUGGAGUUGGAUAUUCCAUACAGCCUGUGGAACUCAACUCCCCUUUGUAAUUUGAUUUCCACUAAACCAUCACUGCCCGACUCCAUGUGCUACAGGCACAGUCACUGAAAGGCACCUGCCGGAGUGUCGAGGUGUAUGAGGUGUGAUGGCGUCGUGCUCUGAGGCCUGUAACUCAGGGUCUGGAUGUGGGGCAGGGUCCUCAGGCUGUGAGUUAGGUUCUAGCUGUGCCUGUCCGCAGUUUGGGGUGCGUUCCUACCUGCACCAUUUCUAUGAGGGGUGCAGCACUGCAUCAGGGUGGGAGAGAGACCCUGAGGGAGUGGGGGACGUCCAGACCUUGAGAUCGCCCCUGAGGUGGAGCUCAGCACUCUGGAAGGUCUCUCUGGCCCUUGGUCUCCUGAUGGUGACCUCUGGUCUGGUCAGUCUGUCCGUGGGUUACUCCGGCCCCACCAGGAUCGAGUCCUUCGGGGAGGGGGACCUCCUCUUCAUAGACACCCAGGCUGUCAGUUUUAACAGGGGUCUGCAUCACUGCGUGGCGGCCGGGAUCGGUCUCACCUGCCUGGGAACGGGUCUGACCGUGGCGGGCCUCCUUUUCUGGUCCUUCUCCAGGAGCCGAUUGAAAGAGAGGCUAUAUCGGAGAGAGAGAGAGAAGAAGGGAGGGGUGGAGUGUGGAAAGAAGGAAGGGAUAGAGGAGGCGGCACAGGGAGGAGGACAGGGGGAGAUGGGGGCGGCUGUUAUGAAGGCCCCUGGAGCAGGGAAGGGGAAGGUGCCUGCCAUCCUGACCAAAGUGGAAACGGUCCAGCCAUCAGGAAGAGAAUCCCCAUAGGUUUUAAAAGGUCUUUAUGUGGUGCACAUGUGUCCUCUUUUAAAAUUAGCUGAAUUUAGUCAAAUCACAUAUGUCGAAAAGUCUAUAAGCUAUUUAAAUAAUGGUCACAUGUUGAAAAGUCUAUAAGCUAUUUAAAUAAUGGUCACACAUGUUGAAAAGUCUAUAAGCUAUUUAAAUAAUGGUCACAUGUUGAAAAGUCUAUAAGCUAUUUAAAUAAUGUUCACAUGUUGAAAAGUCUAUAAGCUAUUUAAAUAAUGGUCACACAUGUUGAAAAGUCUAUAAGCUAUUUAAAUAAUGGUCACAUGUUGAAAAGUCUAUAAGCUAUUUAAAUAAUGUUCACAUAUUGAAAAGUCUAUAAGCUAUUUAAAUAAUGGUCACACAUGUUGAAAAGUCUAUAAGCUAUUUAAAUAAUGUUCACAUGUUGAAAAGUCUAUAAGCUAUUUAAAUAAUGGUCACACAUGUUGAAAAGUCUAUAAGCUAUUUAAAUAAUGGUCACACAUGUUGAAAAGUCUAUAAGCUAUUUAACUAAUGGUCACACAUGUUGAAAAGUCUAUAAGCUAUUUAAAUAAUGGUCACACAUGUUGAAAAGUCUAUAAGCUAUUUAAAUAAUGGUCACACAUGUUGAAAAGUCUAUAAGCUAUUUAAAUAAUGGUCACAUGUUGAAAAGUCUAUAAGCUAUUUAAAUAAUGUUCACAUGUUGAAAAGUCUAUAAGCUAUUUAAAUAAUGGUCACAUGUUGAAAAGUCUAUAAGCUAUUUAAAUAAUGGUCACACAUGUUGAAAAGUCUAUAAGCUAUUUAAAUAAUGGUCACACAUGUUGAAAAGUCUAUAAGCUAUUUAAAUAAUGGUCACAUGUUGAAAAGUCUAUAAGCUAUUUAAAUAAUGUUCACAUGUUGAAAAGUCUAUAAGCUAUUUAAAUAAUGUUCACAUGUUGAAAAGUCUAUAAGCUAUUUAAAUAAUGGUCACACAUGUUGAAAAGUCGAUAAGCUAUUUAAAUAAUGGUCACACAUGUUGAAAAGUCUAUAAGCUAUUUAAAUAAUGGUCACACAUGUUGAAAAGUCGAUAAGCUAUUUAAAUAAUGGUCACACAUGUUGAAAAGUCUAUAAGCUAUUUAACUAAUGGUCACACAUGUUGAAAAGUCUAUAAGCUAUUUAAAUAAUGGUCACACAUGUUGAAAAGUCUAUAAGCUAUUUAAAUAAUGGUCACACAUGUUGAAAAGUCUAUAAGCUAUUUAAAUAAUGGUCACAUGUUGAAAAGUCUAUAAGCUAUUUGAAUGGUGGUCACAUGUUGAAAAGUCUAUAAGCUAUUUAAAUAAUGGUCACAUGUUGAAAAGUCUAUAAGCUAUUUAAAUAAUGGUCACAUGUUGAAAAGUCUAUAAGCUAUUUGAAUGGUGGUCACAUGUUGAAAAGUCUAUAAGCUAUUUAAAUAAUGGUCACAUGUUGAAAAGUCUAUAAGCUAUUUAAAUAAUGGUCACAUGUUGAAAAGUCUAUAAGCUAUUUAAAUAAUGGUCACAUGUUGAAAAGUCUAUAAGCUAUUUGAAUGGUGGUCACAUGUUGAAAAGUCUAUAAGCUAUUUGAAUGGUGGUCUUGAUAAGGAGUGAUUUGGUACAACUCUCAUACAUUUGUUCUUUGAAUUUACUCGUCAAUGAUUUUUGCAUCGUGUUCCACCUCACUGUUGUAAAAUAUAAGAAAUGUACUUUUCUCAUGUCAUUUUAGAGCAACUUGGAGGACCAAUUUUACUCAAUUCAAUAGCACUUUUUCUCCUAAGAUGAAUUUUGUGUUGGGUAAAGCAAUCCGUGUGGAAUUGAAUACAUACAAUGCAUACAUUAA